AAAUGUUAUUUUGAAGUCUUGAGGGCUCAAACUGUAAAUCUACUAAAGUUUCACCUAUAAACCACUAAUAAUAGGAAAUGGACAAGGGGAAGUAGAAAUCGGGACGCCGUCGCCUCCUUUUUUGGGAUUUCAAUUCGCACUCUUCGCCGCCGCAGAGAAUAGUGAUAAAAGUGUCGCAGAAGCAUGGCUAAACAUCAUCCUGACUUGAUCAUGUGUCGUAAGCAACCAGGCAUUGCCAUUGGAAGGCUGUGCGAGAAAGAUGAUGGGAAAUGUGUGAUAUGCGAUUCCUAUGUGCGCCCUUGCACGCUUGUGAGGAUAUGUGAUGAGUGCAACUACGGGUCUUUCCAAGGUCGGUGUGUUAUCUGUGGCGGGGUGGGGAUCUCGGACGCCUACUACUGCAAGGAGUGCACUCAGCUGGAGAAGGACAGAGAUGGGUGCCCCAAGAUAGUCAAUUUGGGUAGUGCUAAAACAGAUCUAUUCUAUGAGCGAAAGAAGUAUGGAUUCAAAAAGAGAUGAUGGUGAUGAUGAUGACAGAUGACUGCUGAUAGUUGUUUCUCAUUUCCUUAGUUAUUUCGAGCUCAUUUAUGCUUAGAGAGUGUCAGUGAAUUUCUGCUGGGGAAUGGCAUUUCGAUAAUGCUAACUUGCACCCAUGCAAUUACUGAUAAUCUAUGAACUUACUUGCUUUCAUGGUCGAAAAAUGUAUGAUAUUUGAAGUGAUAAACUAGUACUUCAUGAUUUCCUUUUCA